UGGCAGAGCAUGCUGUAACAUAUUACUGUAAGUGUAACUAAAAUUUGCGAUCAUAGCGCGAUCUUUCGCGAUACGGAUGGAUUGGUGAGCAGGCGGCCCCCAUGGGACAAAGCACUGAAAUUUCAGUACAAAUACCAGGUCAGCCUCUCAUCGACACAUUAUCCGAAUCAUCCUUUCCUCUCCUUGUCAACUACUAGCUUUAGAACUUUUUCAACAUGUCAUCUCCCAAAGUCGCAAUCAUCAUUUACUCGAUGUACGGUCAUAUCACCAAGAUGGCCGAGUCUGUCAAGAGUGGUAUUGAGUCCGCUGGCGGUGGAGCCACCAUUUACCAGAUUGCUGAAACACUGCCCGCGGAAGUCCUCGCAAAGAUGUAUGCUCCCGCAAAGCCAAGUUAUCCCAUCAUCACCCCAAGCGAACUUGCCGACUUUGACGCCUUUAUCUUCGGCAUUCCUACGCGCUAUGGCAAUUUUCCCGCUCAGUGGAAAGCUUUCUGGGACGGAACCGGUGGAUUAUGGGCCAGUGGAGCUUUGGCUGGCAAAUUCGCGGGUGUUUUCGUUUCUACAGGCACACCAGGCGGAGGACAGGAGUCUACCAUCAUCAACUCCCUCUCCACUCUUACCCACCACGGGAUUAUCUACGUCCCUAUGGGUUAUAAAAACACAUUCGCACAACUCACUAACAUCAGCGAAGUUCGCGGUGGUUCCCCUUGGGGUGCUGGCACCUUCGCUGGACCCGAUGGGUCACGCCAGCCUUCAGCCCUUGAACUAGAACUCGCUACCAUCCAAGGCAAGGGCUUCUGGGACAUCGUUUCAAAGUACAAAUUCUAGAAAGGCCAUACAUAAUCACAUUUACGAUACUUACAGAGACCUCAUAAUAGAUACGUGCGUGAAAAACAAAAAAAAACAAAAUUAGAUGUGAAGGAUGUUUGCUCGCUUAAAUCAAAUUUUUAUAUCCCUGUGGGCGUACAUGCAUCCUGAUAUGCACACUGGGGCGAUGUUUAA